AGAAUUAUUUCGGUGUUUUGUUAAAUAUCGUGUUAAAUUUCCAUUAUCACAUUGCUCAAGUUGCUGAGACUGUGCAAAGAUGGUUCGCGAUGGUACAGAAAAUCAGAAGCAGCAUAAAAUUCCGGUUCCUACCAACUAUCGUAUGGCGGCCAAAUAUCUUCGCCAGGCGAUCCAUGAGAAAAAGAGCAUCAAAUCCGAAUUGGUCGCUGGUAAACACUUUCGCACUGGUCGAACCAUCAUGCAUCGCCUUACGACCAACAUGCCGCAAAUCAACGCAAUCAUGACUAACAUCGAGUUGCUGAAGAAGGAGCCCAAAUUGAACGAAUGGUUGGCGCGGGUGUUGAUAGGUGAGCUGCUGUUCGGGCGCGGCGAACUAAAUGGGAUGUCUUUGCCGGUGGAGUGCGUUCGUCGCUACGAAUCCGAGAUUUUUGAGGAGUAUGAAAAGACCAAGGACGACAUAAAACCUCUUACAAGAAGUCUCAAAGAGCCACGAUUUGUACGAAUCAAUACGAUCGCUCUUAAUCUGGAAGGUGCGAAGCGUAUGAUGGAGGAAGAAGGUUGGAUCCUGGUGGAUGAAGAAUUUGCCGACUACAGUUCGUUUCUGGAACGUAUGCGGGCACUUGGCGAUUCGGAGUAUAUGGUUGACUUUCACUUCAAAGAUAUGCUGGUGUUUCCCUGGAGUGCUAAAAAUUACUGGGCCCGUUCAGAACUUGUGGGGACGAAAUUCUUCUUACAAAACAAGGCCUGUCUGGUGCCAACAUAUUUACUCAAUCCGGUGAAGAAAUCUGUCGUGUUGGACAUGUGCUCCGCUCCGGGGUUGAAAGCAACGCAUCUGGCGUGUCUGAUGAAAAACAAAGGGAGACUGUACGCCGUCGAAAUGAACGAUGAACGCUACAAGGUGUUGUGCCAGUAUACAACUGACUUUGGCGUUAUAAAGACCAUCCAUGGGGACUGUCUGGAAAUUACCGACGAACAAGUGCCGGGCGUGCAGUACAUCUUGAUCGAUCCAAGCUGCUCGGGCUCGGGAAUGUUAAACCGCAUCGAUGCGUCAGAACCGGUUGAUGAGGAUAGAUUGUACAAGCUGUCCGGAUUGCAGUACAAGCUACUGACGCAUGCGAUGAACGGUUUUCCGAAUGCCAAACGCAUCGUUUACUCGACGUGUUCCAUACACGAGCAAGAAAAUGAGCGAGUCGUUGAAAGCAUUCUGCGCCACAACGGUCACUUCAAGCUGCUAGAUGCACGAGAGGAGCUAGGAAAGGAGUGGCUCAACCUAGGCUCCGAGAAGUAUCCCGGAAUCGGCGAACGGUGCCUGUACGCUCGGACGGAAAUUGACCUUACGAUCGGCAUGUUUGUAGCCGUUUUCGAACGGUGCGCCGAAGGAGAAGUGAAUGAAUUUUACGUGCAAAAUCAAACGUAUCGCGAAAAGAAUGCUCCCAAGAAAAAGCGAGAUAACGACUACAAUGGCGAAGAGGCAGAAGGUUCAGAAAAGCCGAAGAAAAAAAAGAGUAAGAAACAAAACUAUUGAAAAUAAAACAAUCGUGCUAAGUUGAACAAGGGAACAAAGAUUAAUAGCUAAGAUUGGGUGAAAAUAAGUUGAAGAAUACAAAACAGGAAAGAAAAGUGUUUUAGAAUUAACGGAAAACUCGCUUAUGUUUACUUACCUGUAU